AUGACUGAAGGACUUAGUAGCCAUGGAGCAUCCCGCAAGCGUUUCGGGGGCGCCACCGUCGACCGCUCAGCUUACACCGCAGGCCAGGCGCUCGUCACAGUGGUAAACGAUCCCAGGGCUGACGCGGCGAAAAACUGGGGCGCAUGGCUAGGCUUCCGGGUACCGGACGUCAGCUGGCAGGAUCCCCCGCCCCCGAUCGAUACGAUGCGCUACCCGCCUGUGACGCGACGCGAUCUAGCCAAGUACCUAGCGCUGGUCGCGGACGGCAGCUUCGAGCAGUUCCAGCAGACGCGUCAGAGCUUGGCGCUGGGUGGCAUAUCUCAGCAGUUUAUGUCUUUUGAGGGCGACGCUGCCGACCUGGACGAUUACGAUCCCUCCUCGUAUGAUAUCGGGUACAAGGGGUACAGCUUGGAGGGCCCCGCGGCUGCUCUCGAUGAACCAAACCCAUUCGCGGAGGGCGCGGACUCGCAUUCCAGGCGCAGCAAUGCGGGCCCUCCCGGGGAGCCCUCAUUAACCCCCCACUCGGUGCAGCGGAACCCCGCUGUUCCGAGGCUCGCUCAGGGAGACGGCCUGGUCACGGCGCUGCAGGUUGUGCCCCCGCUGUUCUUCAAUGAGGACUUUUCACUAAGCAGACCUGACAUCUUUGAGGCCAUUUGCGGGUGUGAGGACGACAACGAGAUGUACGCGCGCAUAGACAAGCUCAACGCAGCACUGGACGUAGUGGAGACGCAGCUGAUGCGCGAGAUUGCCUCCCGCAGCCGCGCCAUCGUGGCAGCAGGCAACUGCGUACACGACCUACACAACCGCCUGUCCAACACCCUGACGCAUAUCAAGCGUCUGAGGGAGAACGUGAGUGACAUGGACGAUGUGACCUACUCAGCGGCCGUGCAUGUGGCCCAGCUGCAGAGGAGGAGGAACAACCUGACGGCCACGGUGGAGCGGGUCCAGUCGCUUGAGGAGGUCGCGGCCGCGAAGGCCGCCCUGCCACUGCUGCUGGACUCUGGAGACUAUGCGGAAUUUCCUGUAGAUGUCGGCCGGGAUCCCAUCCCACCCUGGGGCCUUGCCAGGUGCGCUCUUCUUGAGUGCCUUCCGCAGUUCGGUGGCUGUGAUCUUUUUGGCUCCAAGCUGUUCAUCUGCCUCUGCCGGGAGCUUAAUGUUGGCUGCGGUGCUCUAGAGCUGUUAGAUAACCUCAGCCACGCCGCCACGGGUUUGUCCUCCUCGGGUGUUGCGGCCUUCCGUGGUCUGCCCCCCCAGCUGGCGGAGAGCCGCCUCGUGGUGGAGUCCCUGUUGCAGGCGGAGAUGCUGGGGGCGGCCAUGUACACGGAGGCGCACCUGGUGCUGGAGAGGGCGGUAGCGGAGUCCGCACAGGAGCUCGGUCUGGCGGCUGCGGCGGCGCCCCUGGCUCUCAGUCCCUCCGACAGCAACGGUAUCACAGGCGGUCCCCUCACCUCCUCCUCGGUCUCUGGCUCCGAAGCCACCGUCAUGUCCCGAGAGGCCUCCCUCCGCUCCGCCGGGUCGUCAUCCCUGCUGGCGGCGGAGCUGGCGGCUGCCCGUGAGCAGCUGCACGACCGGCUGCUGCCCGUAGUACUGGGUCUGCACCGCUGUGCCCGGCUGGAGGCGGCCCUGCGCCAAUUCGCUGUAAACCGAGCUGCUGAGGUGAAGGCUAUCGUUCGGGAGGUUGUGGAGCGUCUGCUGCCGAUCCUGAUGGUCAUCACCAGUAUGGUUGAGGCCUACCUAGCUCACACCCUGCUGGUGGGGACGUUAGUGGAGGACGCGCUGCGCGGCGGCAGGGCGCCCGCAGCCGCACUGGUGACACCGAAGAGGGAGGUGCACUCGGCGCUGCAGGCGGUGGUGGAUGUCGCCACGGGGAGCCGGCUCAAGGUGUACGAGUUCCGUGCGUUGCUGUCCGCGUGUGAGGCCUUCGCCGCGCUACCCGACAUGCACGGACUGAGACCGGGGGCGGCAUUGAGGCCCACUCUGCAGGCGCUGUGUCGGGCCCAUCUGGAGAACACUCACUCGAGAUGCGCCAUGCAGAUGCAGCACCUGCUGGAGGCGGAGCAGUGGGUGCCAGCGGAGGCUCAUGCGUCAUUCCAAGCCAUAGUGGACCGUUUGGAGGACAGGUGUCCGGGAGCCAGGCCACAGUCGCCACAGCAGCAGCUGCAGGAGGGGGACGAGAUGGCGCAGCAGCAGCGGCGGGAGGGGCAGGAGCAGGCCAAGGCGGCGUCUGGGGCGGCCGACGGGAAGCUCGAGGGGCAGCGACCUACGCAAGGUUUGUUGAGACUGGGCGGCCGCCACUACUGGCCAGUCAACGCCCUGCUGAUGCUGCUGAAGCUCCUGGACGAGCACUACAUGGGCCUUUUGCCGGCUUCGCCGCCGCCUACCGCGGCCACGGCGGCGGCAUUGACGGCCGCGGCAGAGGCGGUCAGCGGGGCCGGCACAGCAACGUUACGGCGGUGGGGGGCAGUUGCCGGACAGGCGCCAUCCCAGGCUGCCAGUUGGGCGCUUUCCACUGUGGGUCCGGAUGUGGCGCAGCGCUGCAUGGAGCUGUUGCGGAGCUUCAACACCGUUACUGCACAGCAGGUCCUAGGUGCGGGUGCCAUGCGCACUGCCGGCCUCAAGUCCAUAUCAGCCAAGCACCUAGCUCUGGCAGCUCAGUCGCUUGCGGCGCUGCUGGCGGUGUUGCCGCUGCUGAGGUGGCAGCUGGCGGCGGCCAUUGCGGAGGCACCGCGGCGGGCGCUGCUCAUGCCGGAGUUUGACCGGCUGGCGCAGGAUCUGAAUCUGCAUGUGGAGGAGAUCCACGGCAAACUGGUGGACAUUAUGCAGGACCGGGUGCUGGCGGCGUGCAGGCAAAUAUCUGCAGAUUCGGAUGCGUGGGGGCGCGCUGCGGCAUCGCUCCAAGCCCAGCAAGCCGCGCAGCCAGUGCCCUCCGAGGCGCUGCGUCUGCUGGCGCGACAGCUCGGCACGCUGCGCUCCGUACUGCAACCCAUCCUGCAGCCGGAGGAGGUGUCGUACAUUUUUGGCCGUGUGGCGGCGGCAUGCAGCGAGUCGUUGGCGGGGCUGCUGGACAGCCUGACGCCGCCGACGGUGGUACCGUCCCCGUCGGCGCCGCUUCCGUCGGGUGCGUCAGGGCUGCUGCGGGGCUUGGGAAGCAGCGGCGCAGCCGCCACAGCGGCGGCAACUGCUGCAGUGGAGGCGCAAGCGCUGGCAACGGCGGCAUGGGAAGCCAGUCGGCGUGCGAAUGCGCUGUUCAUGUUGCAGGCGUUAUUGUCAUUGCCAUUGGACUCCUCAAGAUCCAGCAGCUAUGUAACCCGCCUCACCACCUUUUACACCAAACAUUACGGCUUGCUGCCGACGGAUGGCCAGGCCCGGCCCGUGCCGGCGGGGAGCGCGGGACUGGGUGGCGCUCCUGCUGCAGCUGCCAACCCCACCACGGCGCCGCCAGGGCCGGCGGCAGCGGGAGAGCUACCCGCCGCCGUCACCGUCCCCGUUUCGGUGCUGCAGUCGCCAGCCUCAGUGAGCAUUGUCGCGACUGGUGCAAGUCCCGACGCCCGGCUUGCACCGCCGCCAGUGGCGCCUGCGCGUCAUCCCGAUACGGCAGCCUGUGUCGGGCCACCGCCCUUGGCGGUGCCAAUGGUGCCGGCCGGAACCGCGGUUGUCGCGGCAGCCACGCCGGCAACGACUUCCGGCUAUGGUGGACGCGAUGUAUCUGACGAUAUGCAACGGCUGUCUACAGAGUCUGGGGAGCCAUUCAGUGCUGCUAUCCGCAAUGCAUCCGACAGCGACGCAGCAUCGUCAUCAGUCACUCUAUUGUCUAGCAAAGUUCCUGCCAUCCUAAUGUCGCCCCCCCCACAGCAGCAGCAGGAGCAGCCGCCGCCUGUGGAACGGCGGCGAUCGCUGCAGGACGGCGGCAGCUCCGUACCGGCCCGUAACGAUGCCAUCAAUGGGCCCAAACCAGGUGAUGGCGAUGACCGCUCGGCAACAGGAGAGCAAGUACAGUCCCAAUCCGUGGAGGGCGAUGCAGAUUGCCAGCACCGGGCAGCAGCAGCAGCAGCGGACUCCGGAGCAGCAGCAGCAGCAGCGGCGCCAGCGACGGAGCGAGCAGCCUCACUCGCGGUUGAUGCCGUCGCACAGGUCGAGGGGUUCGCUGACGGGACAAUGGUCGGUCUGACGACGGAGUCUGAAGCGGCAGCAGCCUCCCUCGUCAUUGGCUCUGGCGAGGCUCUUGUUGAACCGCGGGCAAGUACAAGCAAUGUUCAGGGGGCUGCAGUUGCAGCACGUGAGGAAGCUGCCCUGACUGGGACUGGGGCCCAGGACGCACUGUCGUUGCCGUCAACAUCGACGCCGGUCGCUGGAGCAGCACUACCGAUGACGAUGACGGGAGCGGAAGCGCUGGAUGCGGAGGCGAGUUCGGCAGGAGAGGAGCAGGAGCCGCAGCCGCCGUCCCCACUCCAGCCGCAGGAGCAGCAGGAGUACGGAACCACUAGCGCAGAACCGCCUGCGAGGACCACAGGGACCCAGGCGCCGGCUGCAGUCCGGGUUCCGGAUGUCACCACUGCCCCGAUGGUGUUGCUCGAUCCCCUGGGUGGACUGGAAGUGGGGCGACGCUGA